AUGGGAGUUAUCUCAAAGACUUCGUUUGAACGCACAGAGGUCAUUGGUCGAGGGAAAUUUGGAGUUGUUUAUAAAGGCUAUAACAAACAAACGAAGCAGGUAGUUGCCAUAAAAGUAUUAAAUUUGGAUACAGAGGAGGAUGAAGUUAUAGAUGUGCAACAAGAGAUACAGUUUUUGACAGAAUUGAAGAAUGUGCCUAAUGUGACGCAUUACUACGGAUCAUUUUUAAACGAUACAAGAUUAUGGAUUGUGAUGGACUAUUGUGCUGGUGGUAGUCUUCGUACGUUGCUUAAAUGUGGCGUUUUUGAAGAAAAGUACAUUGGUGUGAUAAUGAGAGAAUUAUUGAUUGCAUUACAAGCGGUUCAUAAGUUAGGGUUUAUACAUAGAGAUCUAAAAGCGGCAAAUGUGUUGAUUACUAAAGAAGGGAAUGUCCGUCUAUGUGACUUCGGAGUAGCCACACAAAUCACAUCGAAUGCAUUGAAACGUACGACUAUGGCUGGGACACCAUAUUGGAUGGCACCGGAAGUCAUUCGUGAAGGGGACACCUAUAAUGCGAAAGCCGAUAUUUGGUCAUUGGGGAUAACUAUAUAUGAGAUUGCCACGGGAAACCCUCCUUAUUGUGACAAAGACGCCAUGUGGGCAAUGCAAAUGAUAUCAAAACUGACACCUCCAAGAUUGGAAGGCCGGGAGUAUUCAUCUGCGUUGAAAGAGACUAUUGCAUUAUGUUUAGAUGAGAAUCCCGAGGAGAGACCAAGCGCAGAGGAUUUAUUGAAAUGUAAAUUUAUUAAAUUCUAUAAAGGUCACCCAACCGUUGUACUAAAGGAAGUGAUCACAAGAUAUUUAUUAUGGAGAGAUAGAGAUUCUUCUAGAGAUUCAGUGGCUUAUAUGAACUUGGAGGAAAAUAUGAUGCCAACUCAUCGCCGUAGUAGCGAAAAUAACGAAAUUGAGAACGAUCAGCAGCUUCAAGUUAAGUGGGAUUUUGACUCUUUAAGUAGUCGUGAUUAUAUUAUUGAAAAUGAUAUUGAUAUGGAACAGGUUGAAGAAAACUAUCAAGAUUCGUACGCAUACAAUGAAGAAGAUGCAGCGAACGAGACCUAUCAGACACAAUCUACAUUGCAGAUGGGAAAUACAAUGAAUAACACUAGAUCGAAAUUUGGGAUGAAUACUUUGAAUAAUGAAUCAAAUUUUUCUAGCGAUAGAAAUAAGGCAACAGGGAGUGCAACCAACUCAGAAAUUCCUAAAUCUCUCCUAAACUUGUUUCAAGAAGCGUCUCCGGAGAUGAGUGCCGUCCCCAGCACAAUCGGUGGUCAAGGAUUUGAAUUACCCCCAUCGUUUACUCCAAGUGACCAACGGUUAGAGUCACCAACAAUCGAGAUUCCAGAUAUGGAUAACUAUGGUGGAUACGCGGAUAAAUCUACCACCACCAAUACUGGACAGCCUUCUCUUAAUAAACCACCUACUUUAUAUCAUUCGCAAUCGGCUUCCGGUAAUUUAGAAACCAGAUUUUCGACCUCAGCAUCUGCCAAUAGACAAAGAAAGCUCACUAUAUCAAAUACAUUUGGAAGUAAUUCAAGUGCAUCACAUCAGCCUCCUCGUACACCUUCAUCAACUACAUCUUCGAACAUGAAAACACCAUCUCCAAAACCAGUUCCCACAACUACUCUUCUUAAUGCUGCCAGUAUGGCGAAUACUUCGUCCCCGUCUAAAUCAAUGAAGGCUCUACAAUCCAAUUCAAAUCCUUUACUUCAGCCUAUAAACUUUAAAUUGACAAAUGAAUCUAAUGGCUCAAGUGCCAAUGGUGCAUCGAACCUUGGUCCGACUAACAAUAACAUCAAUACUACAAACAAUACCACCAACGGUAAUGGGAAUUCAAAUCUAGGACCUUCACAAAGCAUGAACGGCAAUACGAAUACUAGUGAUACUAAUAUCAACCAACUGUCGUCUUCACAUCUCCAAAAUGCUGCAACUGCAAAACCAAAGAGACCAAGACCUGGAUUUCAUAUUCAAAUGCCAACCCCAUCUAAUUCUAUCAACACACUUUCAGCAUUGACCCAUGACUUUGAUCCGCACAACGGUAAUCAACUCUCACAGGGCGAAAAUGUGAAUCAAUUUGGUAUUAAUCCAUCGCAGAUUGGUAACUUGCCUUUAACUAUGACCCCGGUAACGGAGAAGGAAAAUCUUAUCUACCCUGGAACUGGAUCAGAAAAUACAACUGAUUCUGAGGCUACUAACACAUCAAGUAAUCCAAGACAUCAUCCCGUUCUGUUGAAGAAAGCUAAUACUUCAUCAGUAGUCCCUACAUCAAACCUUCCUACAACCAGUAACCCUUCUACAAUCAACUCGUUUUUGCCUAGAACUACUUCCUUAAGUGGCUCAAAUGUGAGUAGAGAAAAGUCAUCUCAAAGCUUCCCACAUAUUCCAACUAUCAAUGGGGAAUUUUUCCUCGACACAACACCUAAAUACAAGUUGGUGAGUGAGCUAGAUGCAAUGAUUAAAUUAUUUAAUCAAGGGUUAGAAACGUUAGAAAAUGAUAUUUAA